UUUGUCUUUCUCUUUUUCCAAUUGACCAGCAGUCCAGCACCGCGGCAGUUUCCGUCUUUCUACAGCAACGACAACACUUACCAUCGCCGUGUCUGCCGUUGUGUUCAUUGUGUCCUGUUCCAUUACAUAGAAAGCAGUUAUUCGUGUCGCUGAUGGUCCGUCGUGCCGUCUCUGUUUUCUGCUGUGCUCGCCUUGCCACCUCAAUUCUAGCUCUACAUCGCUCAGUUCCAAUUCCUGAUAUAUUUCUGCCAUAGUCGUCAGAAUUGGACCGAAUCGGCCGAUCAGCUGAAAAACCGACGAAUCAGUCACAAGGUUGGUCCAGAUAUCUGAUUGUAGAAGAAAAAUACCGAUGAAAACUGGUUCAGACCGGCUGGUUUUGAUAAAAACGGGUGAACUGUCAGUUUUAAUAACCGGCCGCUUUGACACACCUUUUUGUUUACCCACCUUGCCCAAAACGACGUCGUUUUGCUUGUUAAAAAAAACCUAACCUAACACCUUGAACCCUCGUUCCUUCCCCACCAUACUCUCUCAAUCUCACUCAACUUCCCCUGAAGUCCAGAACUCUAGAGUCCACACUUUCUCACAUUCUCUCACUAACGAUCGCCGGCUCCUCAUUGGCUCUGGUGCGUCUCUGUCACUAUGUCGUCACCUCCGUCUGUGGCUCGCCUGCACUGCGUUGUGGUGUCUCCUUGUUCCUGUGUGUCUCUCGUCGUCGUCGUCACGACCUUGUUCGGUUUGGCUCGCCGUUGCCAUCGCAUCCUCGUCUGGCGUGGCUCGCCCUCGCUGCUGCCUUUCCCUCGCCAGUCUCUGCUUUCCCGUGCUUGGAUAGCUUGGCCUUGGUUUCCCUCUUCUCGUCUCUGCUGUCGUGUUGUCUGUAACUUCGUUGGCAUCUGUUGCCUCGUUCCUAAACCUUUCACUGUGUUUGCCAGCUCCUUCGCCUUCGUCUUCACUAUGGUCAUAUGAACCCUUGACUUUCCUUAUUUUCAUGGAUGGAGAUACAUUGGUAGAAAACCCAGAAGAAUGGGAAACCUUAUGUGUAAACCGUUAGAGAAAGCUGUUGACUUACUCCUGGAAGCGAGUAUUCGACAAAUUGAUUAUAUUAUCAAUUACGAAGAUUAUGUUGAGGGUCUAAAAGAACUCGACGGGAAACUUGAGCAGAAUGAGCUAACAGUGAGGCAACUAGUUGAUGCUGCAGAAAACAAUGCAGAAGAAAUCACACCUACUACUCAAGAUUGGCGUAACAGGGUGGCGGCAAAGAGGGAAGAAAGUAAGGAGUUUCGCGAUGACAGAACCCUCAAGUCCAAGACAAGUUGCUUUGCCGGGGGAUGCUCUAGCGGGGCUCUCCCUUUUUUGUGGCACAGGCGUCAACUUGGCCGGAAAGCAAAGAUAUUGGCACCGGCAAUCAAAGAGCUUAAUGAUGAAACUCCUGACAGUGCAAAUAUUUCUUAUCGACAAGCUCCCACGUUUGAGGAUAGGAAUCCAUCUGGUGAUGACUACCUCAAAUUUGAAUCAAGGAAAGGUACGAUUGAGAAGGUCAUGGAGCAGUUAAAAGAUUCAACGGUGAGAAUUGUUGGACUACAUGGACCUAGUGGAGUGGGCAAGACCUCUCUGAUCCAACAAAUUGCAAAGCAAGCCAAGGGCAGGUUUGACAAGGUGGCCAUGGCAACUGUAAAAAAAGAUCCAGACCUUCAAAAGGUUCAACAAGAUAUUGCCGACCAUUUAGGAUUAACUUUUGGAGAUGAAGGUCAGAAGGGGAGAGCAGCACUUUUGAGAAAGAGGCUGAAAAAGGAGAAUACCCUUGUAAUCCUGGAUGACCUUUGGGAUGAAUUGGACUUGAAUGAGAUCGGGAUUCCAUUUGAUAAUGAUGAUGUUUCAAGCCACGUGAUGCGCCAAGAAAGAACGGAGGGGGAAGAGCAAACGACAACCAGGGGAUGUAAAAUUUUCAUCACUUCAAGGUAUAAAGAGGUGUUACGCAAUAAAAUGAAUGUUAAAGAAAAAUCAGUUGUUCUUGUCCCCGAGUUAGACAUUGAAGAAACUUUGACAUUAUUCAAGAAGGUGGUUGGAUUGUCAAAUGAAAAUCCCAAGUUCAAGCCAGAAACUCUUCACAAGUACUGUGCAGGAUUACCAAUGGCAGUUAUUCUAGUCGGAAAGUCGUUACAGAACAAGAGCGAGUCAGAGUGGGAAGGCGAACUAGAAAGGCUCAAAAACCAACAAGAAUCGAAUGAAGUGCAAAAGUACAUGGAGAAACAUGUAAUGAUGGGCUAUGAUCUUCUAGCAAGUGAGGAGCUCAAGUCCACUUUCCUAAUGUGUGCUCAAAUGGGUCAUCCAUCAUUAAUUGCUGACUUGGUGAAGUACUGCUAUGGUUUGGGCACACUUAAAGAUGUCCAUACACUGAGGGAUGCCCACAAGACCAUAUCUGAGUCAAUCCAGAAGCUAAAAGAUUUAGGCUUGUUGGAUAGUACUUCCAACGACAGUUUCAAUAUGCAUGAUAUAAUUCGAGAUGCUGCUCUGUCUAUGGCGUGCAAGAAUCAGAAUGUAUUUAUCCUGAGAAAUAAAACGUUGGAUGUCUGGCCUCACAAGAAAGAACUUCAGAGCUGCACUGGAAUUCAUCUAUACAAGAGUCAAAUCGUGGUUGAACUCCCAGAAGUCUUGAACUCUCCUCAACUCAAAUUCUUCCAUAUUGAUACUGAUGAUUCAAGUUUGGAAAUACCAGACAGGUUUUUUGAAAAAAUGGAAGAACUCAGAGUACUAGUAUUAUCUGGGAUUCAUCUACCAAGUCUACCGUCUUCAAUCAAAUGCUUAUCGAACCUCAGAAUGCUUUGUUUGGAGAACUGCACUCUAGGUAACUUGUCGAUUAUAAAUAAAUUGAAAAAUUUAAGAAUUCUUAGCCUUUCAGGAUCUAGAAUUGAAGAUUGGCCAACAGAGUUAGAAGGCUUAUGCAGAUUACAGUUGCUAGACAUUAGCGAUUGUUCAAUAAGCAGAUUGACUCGACCUCUUUCUUUAUCGAGUUUCACUAGUUUGGAGGAACUGCAUAUAAGAAACAGCUUGACAAAAAUGGAGGUGGAGGAAGAAGUAAAUCGUAGUCAAACUUCAGUUCUUUCCGAACUGAAACAUUUGCAUCAAUUGAAUUCUAUAGAUGUUUGCAUCCCUAGUGCUGAAGUUUUACCAGCAGACUUGUUCUUUCACGAGUUGAAUGACUACAAGAUUGUGAUUGGAGACUUUGAGACAAUUUCAAUUGAGGAUUUUAAGAUACCUAAUAAAUAUGAAGCUUCAAGGUCUUUGGCAUUGCAGCUAGAGCGUGGCAUGGAUAUUCACUCCCUAAAAGGAGUCAAAUUGCUAUUCAAAGGAGUGGUGAAUUUGCUGUUGGGAGAACUACAUGGAGUUCAAAAUGCAUUUUAUGAACUAAAUCUCAAUGGAUUUCCAGAUCUGAAGCACUUGUCAAUCGCAAAUAACAAGGGCAUUGAGUAUAUUGUGAACUCAAUGGAGCUGUCACAACCCCAGGAUGCUUUUCCUAGUUUAGAGUUCCUCAGCCUGUUCAACCUAAAGAACAUAAAGAACAUAUGUUGCAGUCCUAUUACAAAUUCCUCAUUCUCUAGACUAAAGACAAUCAAAGUGCAAAUGUGCCCCCAAUUGAAGAACAUAUUCUUCUUUUACAUUGUCAAAUUUCUUACUAGUCUGGAAACAAUUUAUGUCUCUGACUGCGAUUCUCUACAAGCAGUUGUUGGGGAGGAAGGAGAAGGAUCCAACAAAGUUGUGCUUUAUAAGUUAUGCUCUUUGACGUUACAGAAGUUACCAUCAUUUGUCAGUUUUUGCGAGAUCGAUGACAGGGAAAUCCUCCCAGCAGAAGAUGAGAAGAGUCUCUUUGAAGAAAAUGUAGAAAUUCCAAAGUUAGAGAUCUUGAAGUUGUUCUCAAUCAAGAUCCAUCGGAUAUGGAACAAUUGGCCUUCAAAUGAUUGGUUUCAAAACUUAAUAAAACUAACUUUGGACGACUGUUGUAACUUGACAUAUUUAUGCUCAUUGUCUGUGGCUCGUUGUCUGAAUAAACUAAAAAGCAUCUCCAUAGGUAGUUGUCCACUGAUGGAGAAGUUAUUCAUCAUCGGAGGAAAUAAGAAUGAGUGUUCAAAGGUUUGUAUCUUUCCUAAGUUGGAGGAAAUCGAAUUGUUUUCAAUGGAGAUGUUACAGAAAAUAUGGCCAGGUGAAGACGAAGUCAGUGCAGAUUCAUUUCCUAGUCUCGUUUCUGUCAAUAUUAACUAUUGCAAUAAGCUUGACAAGAUUUUUCCUGAUCACACGAAAUGCUGGUAUAUGCAUUUAAAAAGCUUAAAGGUUUAUUGGUGUAAGUCGGUGGAAUUCAUUUUCGAAAGUAGACAUCCUCCGCAACAAAAUGACACAAAAUCUGCAUUAUUGGAGCUCAUUGAUUUGCGUUAUCUCCCAUAUCUAAAGCAAGUGUGGAGUGUAGAUCCAAAAGGAGUGGUUAACUUCGCAAAUUUGCAGAGCAUAAAGAUUUCUGAUUGUAACACAUUGAGAAAUGUGUUGCCAGCUUCUAUAGCCAAGGAUCUUGGAAAACUAGAAAGCUUUUCGAUAACCUCAAGUCAUGAAUUGGAGGAAAUCAUUGCUUGGGAUACAGGAUCAGAAACAAGCAAUGAACCACCAUUGAAGUUUCCAGAAGUAGUCUCCAUGUCAUUUAGUAAGUUACCAAGCAUUCGGUGUUUCUACAAAGGGAGACAUAUUGUAGAGUGUCCAAAAUUGAAGCAACUGACAGUGACUGCGUGUCCAAAUCUGGAAAUAUUCAAAACAGAAAGUGCCAAUGAAGAAGAAAUAGCAUUCUUAUCGGCUGAAAAGGUAAUUUUCAAGUUGGAGCAUCUUCAUAUCGACUCAAGAAACGUGCGGUGGUUAGUGAGCAACAGAGGCAAGUACCGCUUGAACUCUUUGACACACCUUCACUUGGAGGAAUGGGCGAGCAUUGAUGAGACUUUAUACUGCUUCCUCCACACCAUUCCUAAUCUGCAAAUUUUGGAAUCGAGUAUUUCUUGGGGGAUUCGAGAGUUCGUGCCAAGUGGAAACACCGGUCCUCAGCAAAGGUUGGGAACAGUAUUACUGCUUAAGGAAUUGAUUUUGAACACUUCAAAUGUGGAGGAUAUUGGAUUUGAAAGAGAUCCUGCUCUUCAGAGAUCACUGCACCGCUUGGUCUUAACGGAUUGUCGCACAUUGAGGAGGUUGGCACAUUCUUCGGUGUCCUUCACUCACUUGACAUACUUGCAAGUAUAUUCUUGUGAUGAAUUGAAAACUCUAAUGGCAUGUUCAACGGCAAAGAGCUUGGUUCAACUCACCACCUUGAAGGUAAACUAUUGUCGUCAAUUAAAUGAAAUAGUUACCAAGGAUGAGCAGGAAAAUGACGAGGGCAUUAAAAUUGUCUUUGCCAACUUGAUAACUAUAGAACUUGAACAACUCAGCAACCUUACAAGUUUCUGUAGCAUCGCAAAUUGUGAGUUUUCGGUGCCGUCGUUGGAAAAAUUGAUUCUGAGAGAUUGCCCCAAGAUGAAAACGUUCACUGCAAAGCGCAUAAGAGCACCCAGGCUACAAUGUGUACUUGCCAGUGAAAGUUCUGACGAGGAAGGAAAAGGGUAUUGGGAAGGUGACUUGAAUGCCACCAUUCAAAUGGUGUUUGCAGAUAAGGUUCAUUUGGAGCUUUCCAAUCAUCCGGAGUUAAAACAAGUAUGGUGUGACAAAACCUUGGUGCAAGUGAACAGGUUUCAGAAUGUAAAAUCUUUGGUUCUGAAGAGAUGUGGUUAUGUUGUGCAUGUAAUUCCAUCUCAUUUGCUUCAUUGCUUUAAGAAUUUGGAAGAUCUGCAAGUAUCCGAUUGCCAUGGAGUGCAAGUUAUCUUUAAUAUGGAUGACAUUAGCAAUAAGCAAGUGACAAAAGCAAUGGGCAUGUCUGGUUUGAAAAACUUGUCAUUAGAGAAUCUACCAAAUUUGAAACAUGUGUGGGAUAAAGAUCCCAAAGGAACUUUUCACCUUCAAGCUCUGCAAGAUUUCAGCAUUGAUAGAUGUGAUAGUCUUGAAUAUGUGUUUCCAUCAUCUAUAACUAAAGGUCUUGCCAUGAACAAUCUUUCAAUAAAAAACUGUGAGCAGUUGGUAAAAAUCUUUUCAGAGGAUAAAACAACCUCAGAAUUAGAAGACACCAUAUCGAUUGUGUUUGGUUCUCUGACUUCCCUGUGCCUAACAGGAGUGCCACUGCUCAAAUACUUUUAUCCGGGACUACACAAGCUUCAAUUUCAAAAGCUAAAAAGAUUAUAUAUACAAGCUUGUAAAUGGAUGAUAUUCAAUUGUGAAGAGGCAGAGGCUUACAUAGACCAGCAAGUUAUAGUUCCACCACUUGAACAGGUUAAUCUCCUAUUUCAGAGCUUGGAGAAAUUAUCAUUUGAUAUAAGAGGCGCCAAGUUGACUUGGGAAGUAAAGUCUGGAAAACUUGGAUUUGAAGAGUCAGAAGAAGAAAGGGUUGAAGAGGUCCUAUUUGAGGAAAAACCUAAGGCUGAUUACGUUGAAUUCCUAUCGCAUCUCCCUCUCAAAGGGUUAAGCAUGUCUUCUCUUUUGAGACUCAAGUCCAUUGGUUUCGAUCACUCUUGGAUACACCCCAUCCUUGAUAAUAUCCAAACAUUGGAAGUGAAUACAUGUUUUUAUAUAAAGAACUACUUAGUACCAAGCAAGGUGUCUUUCUCUAGUCUGACGAAAUUGAUUGUAAAUUAUUGCAAUGAUUUGUUGUAUCUGUUCACAUCAUCAACAGCAAAAAGUUUGAGUCAACUCAAGCAUAUGGAGAUAAGCAAUUGUAGAUCAAUGCGAGAGAUAAUAUGCAAAGAGGAUGAUGAAUCUAAUGAGAACAUAAUAUUUGAGCAGCUCCAGGUUCUGCAUCUUAGAGACCUGCCAAUGCUGAGAUGGUUAUACUCAGGCAAACGUACUUUGUGUUUUCCAUCAUUGCAACAGUUAUUCAUGUUUGGUAAACUCUCGACGAUGGCAACAUUCUGUCCCCACAUCCAGAUAGAUCUAGAUUCAGUCAAGUUGAGCUCAGGACAAAACUACUGGAAUCCAUAUGAAGUCCAAUGGGAAGAUGAUGUUGAUACCACUAUUCGCAAAAUCAAUAACAAAGAAAUUGGUCUUAGAGAAAGCCUGUAUUUUCAAGACAUGUGGCGUGGCUCAUUGCCAGUCCCUGAAGCAUACUUCGGUAAUUUGGAGUCCCUGGUUGUGUAUCAAUGUGAAUUUUUAUCCGAAGUAAUACCUCUUCAUUUGCUUCCUUUUUUAAAUAACAUGCGAAAAUUGGAAGUUCAAAAAUGUAGUUCUGUAAAAACUAUAUUUGAUGUGAAAUGCAUAACAAAAGACAAGACACUCCCGCCAAUUAAAUUUUCGCUGAAGGAGUUGGUAUUAGAAAAGCUGCCGAAUUUGGAUAGCAUUUGGAAUGAAGAUCCUGAUGGGAUACUCAACCUUCAAGUUGUAGAACAAGUGCGUGUUGAUACAUGUAAAAGCCUUACAAGUUUGUUCCCAAAAUCAGUAGCCAAGGAUCUUGUCAGUCUUGAAAAUCUAGAGUUGAAACAUUGUGAGAGCUUGGUGGAAAUCAUUGCAGGAAUUGAAGCAACACCAGAAGGAGCAAUUUCAGACUUUAUUAAGUUCCCUUGUUUGGCUUCAUUGACACUCUUGGAUUUGCCAAGCUUCAAUUGUUUUUACUGUUCAUUGCAUUGUGUCUUGUUGAAGACACUGAAUGGUCAUGAUCCACAAAUUGAGGACCAAGUCUCUUUCAAAGAGGUUACUCCUAAAUUGACCAACAUGUUGUUUGGUGAAAGAGAAGCGAAGAUGAUUGGACAUGAAGAAUGUGACGGAAGCCACUUUGGCGACAUAAAUGUUCCUGAUAUGCAGAGUUUUAAUGUUGAGCUUGAGUCUGAUGAACUUCCAUAUACAUUUCUCCAAAAGGUGUCCUGUAUAAAAACUCUCCAACUGAAAAAUAGUUCUAUCAAAGAGAUAUUUUGCUCUAAAAGGCCUAAUUUGGAUUGCACCCAAUUUCUACCACAUCUUAAAGAAUUGAAGUUGGCUUCUCUUUCUGAACUAAUUUCCAUAGGAUUUGAAUGCUCUUGGAUACUAGAAUCAUCAAUUCUCAAAACUCUGGUAACCUUAGAAGUAAAAAGCUGCUCUGGUUUAACAAGUUUAGUUUCUUCUCCUGUCUGUUUUUCUAAUCUGACGCAUUUGACUGUAUCUGAAUGUGAUAGCAUGAUAUAUUUGUUCACAUCUGCAACAGCUAAAAGUCUGUUUCAACUUAAAGAGAUGAAAAUAUCUAAUUGUAAAUCCAUGGAAUGGAUUAUGUCUAAUGAAGGAGAAGAAUCAAUUCAUGAUGAGAUAGUAUUUGAGCAACUGCAAGAAUUACGAUUUGAGAGUUUAAAAAACCUUAGAAGAUUUUACAAUGGGGAUUUUGCCUUAAGCUUUCCAUCAUUGGAGAAAUUGAAAGUGAUUAAGUGCAACAGGAUGGAAUAUUUCUGUGAAGGUACCAUCAAUACUAACAAGUUGUCAGAAGUAGUCUUUGAUGACUCAUUUAGAGGUGAUAGAACCCCAUUGGAAGUUGAUCUCAAUUCUACCUUACGAAACACUUACAAGACAGAGGUUGCAAAAUUUGUGAGGGAAGUAAAGGACUUGAAGCUCAGCGAACACCCAAUGAUACAUGGAAUAUGGAAUGAUCCAUUUCGAGUUCCAUCCUUGUGCUUCAUCAGAUUGAAGAUCUUGAUUGUGGAAAAAUGUGAAUUCAUCACGUCUAUUGUAAUACCCUCUCACAUACUCAGUUUGCUAUGCAAAUUGGAAGAGUUGGUAGUGCGACAAUGUGAUUCCGUGAAAAAAAUAUUUGAAGUGACACAUGAAGCAAAAGACACAAUGAUCAAUCCUUUAAGAUCUGGCUUAAAGAAAUUGACUAUUGAGCAGCUACCAAAUCUUGAACAUGUUUGGGAUUCAGAUCCUGCUCAACAAAUUAGUUACUUUCAGAGCUUUCAAGAAGUCUAUGUUCAUGGAUGCAACAACCUUCAAAGGUUAUUUCCAACAUCUGUAGCUGAAAAUCUAAAUAAACUUGAGAAACUGGAAGUAAUCGAGUGUGAUAGAUUGGUGGAAAUUGUUACAAAGGAUGAAGUAGUUGUUGAAGGAGCUCCUAAAGAGUUUGCAUUGCAAAGCAUGACCUCCAUAAAAUUGUGGUCUUUGCCAGAAUUAAAAUGUUUUUACCCUGCUCCGCACAAGCUAGAAUGCCCCAAGCUAGAGGAAGUGCACUUAUUCCACUGUGAAAAGUUGAAGAUAUUCCAAUUUGAGUCUCAGGAAUUUCAAUGUCCACAAGCAGAGAAUGAAGCCAUUUUCUUGCCAGAAAAGGUAAUCCCGUACUUGAAGUUUCUAGCAGUCAGCAAGGAGGAGAUCAUGAUGAUGUUGCAUGGACAGUUUCAUGUGAACAACCUUUCAAAAUUAGAAGCUCUUCAAUUGCAAUGUUUUCAUGAUGAUUCAGAUACUUUUUCAUAUGAAGUACUCGGACAGCUUCCAAACAUAGAAAAUCUUGCUGUGAAUUGUAGCUCUUUCAAAGAGAUAUUCUACUCUCAGAGUCCCAACAUGGACGACGGCAAAGGAAUUCUUCCUCAUUUAAAAUGUUUGCAGUUGAUUAAGCUGUCUAAACUGAAGUCCAUUGGAUUAGAAUAUGCAUGGAUGGAUCUCAUUUCUAAAAAUCUUGAAAAGUUGCUAAUAGACCAGUGUCAUUGUUUGAGGAGCAUAGUACCAAGCAAGGUAUCGUUCUCCAGCCUAAUAGAAUUGAACAUAUCAGAAUGCAAUGGUCUUGUGAGUUUGUUCACACCUUCAACAAGCAGAACUUUGCAUCAACUGAAGAACAUGUCAGUAAAAGAUUGUGAAUCAUUAGAAGAGAUAGUGUCAAAAGAGACAGAAGAGUCAUCAGAGCUUGUUGAAGAAGAGAUAAUAGUGUUUCCUGAAUUGAAAACUCUGUCCCUUUGCUCCCUACCAAACCUUGGAAGGUUUUACAAUGGAAACACUGCCUUAAAAUUUCCAUUACUGGACAAAUUCUCACUAAUCGAUUGCCAAAAGAUGGAGAGCUUUUGUGCAGGUGCUGUUAGUGUCAACAGGUGGACAGAAGUUGAAUUUGAGGAGGAUAAAGAUCCAGUUUUAUUGGAAGUUGAUCUCAACUCUGCUAUACCGAAAGCAUUUGAAGGAAUGUUUUAUUAGGCGGAAUCUAAUUCCAGUAAUGAAGUUAGAGACAAAAUGAGGAUACCCACAUGGACAAGACAUUUAUGAAGAGGAAGGAAUAUUGUCAAUUUGACUUCUUUUAUGUUGUAUUAUUUUUUUCAAAAAAAAAAAAACACUAAAAAAAAUUAAAAAAGUUAAAAAAAAAAAAAGACAAAAAAAGGGUUGAGGAUGAUCUAUGUUAGUGUAGCCAUGUGUGUGUGUGAAAUGUGAUUGCAUUGUAACUCAUGGAUAAUGGAUGAUAACAGUGUGUUAAACGUGACAUUUUAUGUGAAUACAGGAGUGAUUAAGUUUUCAACA